AUGGUUGUCCAUGCUAUCAAGACGAAUCAAAAUAUUAACUCCAUUAUUUUUGGGCCUGCUAAAUUCACCGAGAAGGCCAUCAACUCUAAGAAGAAAGUCGCAGUCCUGUUCUUCGCUACAUGGGCCGGUCCUUGCAUUAAUAUUCGCCCUGCCUUCGAAAAGCUCAGCGACGAGUACCGGUCCAUUGAAUUCUACGAUGUAGAUGUUGACGACCUUGACCAACUCGCUGACGAUUGGGGUGUUGCUGUAUUUCCUACUUUCUUCUUCUUCAAAGACGGUGCACAUCUCAAUGACUUCACCUUCCGAGGUGGCUCCCCCCAAGGUAUUAUGAAUGGUAUCCAUGCCCUCCAGUCUUAA